GUCAACUGUGUACAAACCAACCAACCAACGAACGGCUGAAGCGAUUCAGCCGACGACAACGCGUACUUGCGCGGUCACAUAACAGAAUGAUCCGGCUAAGGAAUGGUAUCCGAAGUAUAUUCAGUAAAAAUUGUAUUUUGAAAUGUGUAAGAGAGUCUUUAGCGUGGGCAGUUUUCUUUUUUAAGACACGCGAUAAAAGAAAUAUAUAAAAAAAAGUUUUUAGGUUGAGUGAAAUGAAUACUGAAAGUGUUUGUUCUGUUUUAAGAAAAAGUUAGGUCAGUUAAAGAUAUAUUUAAGACACAUUUAUGAACAUUUUGAGUAGUAUACAGAUAGAAGCUAUGUUUGAAUUUCAAAAAUUUGUAUCGCUCAUCCAUAAUUAAAUUAAAAUCAAAUCGCUUGAAAAAUAACUUCCACUCUGAACAUAUGAAAGUGUUUUAUGUCAAAUCAGCAGGUUAUUCAACGUUAACUGGUAGAUAAUUGAGAAAUGCGUCAUUGCAUAAACUACGGGAAUCGUAGAUACUCUAAAAUUUAGACAACCAUUCUGAUAGCGUCUUAAACUAAUAACUUUGAAUAUUAAAAUAAAAGAUUUUAAUCAUUGCGUUUUAACUAAAUUUAAUAAUAAUUUUAUUAUAAUGAAUUAUUUCUAUAAAAUAAAUUAGUAAAGCAAAAAAAUCGAAAAAUUAAUGAUUCUACUGCAAUAUACUGUGAUAAAUGUAACCCAACCGGUUUCAGUUACUGGGUCAUCAUUAGAGGCAUUAAUCUAAUUAUCGGUAUGUACAUGUAAAAUAAUCGACACUUAUAAUAGAUACAGAGUUAUGAGAGAGGCUUUGACGUAGUGUGUGUAACAAUUGCUGGCCAUAUGGGCAUUCGCAGCAUAGCUAUCAGAUCCUAUGUCUACUACGCAGAGAUAGGUCAUGAUUUGAAGGAUUGCAGACGGAAAGACGAAACAUGUGUCCGAAGUAAUUUCGACGAACGAUGUGAUCCUGUUGUGUAAAGAAAAUAUGGCAUGACUUGGAAAAGAACGGAGGAGUGCAUUAAAUAAUAGUAUAAAUUUUGUAGCCUCCACGUCGGCUACAAAAAAAAACGACAAAAUUGUAGAAAUAAGGUUAGUAUACAAUAUAUAGGCAUUGGAAUUUUUAAUUGGCAGAAUGCAGCAGUAGAUGGUUUCUAUGAGUAGUUGUUUUUGAUGAUCAAUAGAUGUGUACCACAAUAUCGGUGUUGCGUGGGGUUAUUUUUUCCAGGUUGGUACUAAUGACAUAAAAUAUACUUUACAUGUUCAGGUCUCCUACAGAAGACGAUGGCUGGAGGAUUGUUGCGGCGUUAGAAUGUGUGUGACAUGCCUCGGGAUUACUAUUUAGUUUCUUGGGUAAAGAUUAUCAUUAUUCGUUGAGUGUUGCAUCCCAAAAUUCAACCUUGUCGGAUUGAUGGUUAUCAAUUAUAAGCCAACGUCCAAUACGAACAAUUUUGCAAAGCUCUUUGAACUAGUUGGACCAACCUCACUGAAUGGUUUGAGGUUGAAUUUAAGUGCUGCGUAGAGUAUCCUAUCGCAGAACUCAAACGUUUUAUGUGGUACCCAUAAUAUGCAUGACACAAUGUGCAACGUCGAAUUCACACACGCCUUUUCGACAUGAUGGAGUAUUCCGGGGUACAGAAAAUUAAAAAAUGUCUAAACCAACAACUAUAAAAGAUGCAAUUAAAAAAUGGGAAGAAAAACAUCCAGGCGAAAAUAUAGGUGACGCACAGGAAGUCGGAUUUCAAUUUCAAUUUCCGCCGAUAGAAAAAAUGGAUAAUUCUCUUGCAGCAUUAACUAGUUGCACCAAACUCAGUUUGAGUACUAAUAUGAUUGAAAAAAUUGCUGGAAUCAGUUCAUUGAAGAGUUUAAAAAUCUUAUCUUUGUCAAGAAAUUACAUAAAAAACUUUUCUGGGUUGGAAGGUGUUGGUGAUUGUUUGGAACAGUUAUGGAUAUCUUAUAACUUUAUAGAAAAAGUUAAAGGUAUUAAUGUAUUAAGAAGAUUAAAAGUACUUUAUAUGAGUAAUAAUUUGGUUAAAGAAUGGGGUGAAUUUAAUAAACUACAAGAUUUACCGGUUUUAGAAGAAUUAUUAUUCGUUGGAAAUCCAUUAUACGAUAACAUGGAAGAAAGUAAUUGGAAAAUUGAAGCAACCAAGCGACUUCCAAAUUUAAAGAAACUUGAUGGUGAACCUGUCUUUCAUGAUGAAUAAUUUUAACAUUUUUUUAAAACGUAUUUUGAAUUUUUAUGAGUAUCAUGCAGAAAAUGACUCCAUAAAAUGUGUCCACUUAACAUAUAAAUUUAUUUACGAGGUAAAUAGGACAGAUUUUCGAUGAUUUUUCUUUUCUAAGGAAUUUUUUUGUAUACA